CUCAAGGGGCGCGGGCUCCCAAGGCGCGCCGGAUGUCCUGACAGCCCCCUCGCGGCAAAACCCGCAGGCGCCCGAUGGCGAACCUCUGGUACGUGGGUGCCUUCCUGGGGGUGCUCGCCUCGAUGGCCGGCACCACAGGCGCUCCCAGGGCUGGGCCCGACCGCCCCGCAGGGCACGAAGGUCUCGCUGUACACGGCCAAGGUGACGCGCGCCGCCGCCCUGGCCCUCAACACGGCCGUCGGCCCCCUGAUAGACAUGGCGUCCUACGCCUUCGCUCCCCAGUCUCUGAUCGCGCCGCUGGGCGCGCUUGACAUCGUGUGGAACACGAUGACCGCGCCGUGCACGCUGGGCGAGAAGCUCACCCCGAGAACGCUACUCGGGUGCGCGCUGAUCUUCUCGGGAGCGGCCGCCACCUCUAUCGUAGGAGGGAAGCACGACGGAACAUACACCGUCGAGCAGAUUCAGGACUUCAUCCUGCACUGGAGGACUGGGACCCUCGCCUACAUGCUCUGCCUCGCCGCGUGGCUGCUCUUCAACAUCUGCGUUCUGAUCCCGCGCAGCGCCAGCCCGAAGGGCGAGCCCUGGACGAGCGGGGACCCACUGCGAGGGCUCUCGCUGGGGAUGACUGCUGGGUCCCUCUCCGGGAACAUGUUCUGCGUCAAGGCGUUCGUGGAGAUUGUGCAGGGGUCCAUCGAGAACCGCAGCGGGGAGUACUGGGCCCACUGGCUCCCGUACCUGCUCUUAGUGGGCGCCGUGUUCUUCGCGGUGUCCAACCUGUUUUUUCUCGACAGGGCCAUGCGCGAGUACGAGGCCCUGUUCAUGGGCGCGGUGUUCGAGGGCUCGGUGAUCCUGGCGGCCAGCAUCUCGGGCUGCGUGGUCUUCGGCGAGCUCUCCUACAUGAGCACUGGGGGCAUAGUCGUUUACUGGUGUGGUUUGGCAAUCAUACUGAUUGGUAUUCGCCUCGUUGCACGAGACGCUGUGCGAAAGGAGCCCGGGAGGCGGCCGCCGCCGCCUCGCGCGACGCCGACGUGGAGAAGGGCGUUGUUCAGCCCGAGCCGCUGGCGUCGCCGGCCGACCCCGCCGCGGAGGGCGGCGGCUGCGCGGGAGAGGCUGCGACGCCCCUGGCGCCGCCGCUGCGGAGACGGGCGCGGGCGCAGGCCCGCCCGCCGUGGGGCCCGAGGAGCUGGCGGAGCCCGCCCGGUCGCCCUCGAAGGGCGGCAGGGCGACCGCGAGGCCGAGGGCCUCGGUCGCGGUGUUGCCCGAGGCGAGCGACAGCACCGACGGCGAGGAGGUCGCCGCGGGCCACCAGCUGCCCUCCUCCAGGAGCCCCACGAGGAGAAGAGGCUCCCCGCCGUGCGCGUCAGCAAGCGCCACCGCGACUCGCUCGCCAUGGCGGAGCCCCUGUUUGGCCACGCCGCCGGCGCCGCCGCGGGGACGGCGCCGGCGGACGUUUGCGCUGACGGCAACGGCGAACGCCCCCACGAACGCGCGGCGGCGGCCGCGGCGGUGUCCCACACCGCCAGGCCCGCGCCGUGA